AUGGCAGCUGAGAUGGUAACAGCUACGCUUAUUAAAAUUUCAGUAGGAAUGAGAGCCUCACUGAUUACAGUGUACGCGUCUAAACGCUACACCUGGCUUAAGUUGCGGAAUGUGCCGUUUGAGGUGGUCGAAACUGAUCUCCGACAGGUGUUCAGCAAGUAUGGCGUUGUGCAUGUGGCGCAACAGGGCAAGUGGGUUGGUGUGUAUGCAGAUCAUGGUAACAUAUACAGGACAGCGCCACACAUGCAGGAUUUAUGGGCAGUAAGAUUGUGGCGGCAGAAUUUGGCCGACGAGAGUAUCCCCAGGAGCUUCGAGCAGUUGUGGGCUCCCUGGGGUGUGGGAGUAUUCAAGGUGGUAGCAGACAGCAGUGACGCUAAUAUGACGACGCAGACGAAGUUGUCACUUGUGGUUGCCCAAGCUCGGAGGCUACGGCAAGUGUCAUGGUGCGUGACGGUGGUAGUGGUGAGUGACAACGCAGACUUCCUCAAUACCUUCGCUGAGUGUUCCCUCAAGGUCCGCCUCCUGGUGUGGUCGACGAGGCUCCUCGCCGUCACUCGCCUACAGGUGUACCAGCUCCUGAGCAAACACUGGACAUUCUCCAUGAUGAAUGCUAUGCUAGUGGUUUUGAACGAGACGUUGAGUCUACCCAGUUUCAGAGUAUACGUAAACCUGCCGUACAGUGUGUCCGGUGCCAGAAUAGUAGGGACUGCGGUUUGGAAAAAAGACAGUGGUCUACAAAAACUUCACCAUUCACUAUUUCCCGAAAAGUUUAAUAAUUUUUUCGGAGCUACGGUAAAUGUGACAGCCCUGCCCUAUAGACCAUACUGGAGUGAAGCCGAAGAACGGAGUGGUGAUAACACUGGUGUCACCAGGUACUCUGGCAGCGACGCCAUGAUGCUACGUACCAUUGCUGACGCUCUAAACUUUACCUUUAAUGUGCUACCUGUAAGCACCUGGGAUCAGGUAACUGGCUUAGUGAUGGAAAGGUCCUCCCUCAUAGCUUCUAUAUUUCACAUAGUAUUGCCGCAGCGACAACUCCUGUACGAUUUUACGUAUAUCUACCUGUUAGAUUCCACCUGUUUCUCAGUGGCCACGCCUUCGCUCACUUCAAAGUGGGAAAGUCUCUUCAGUCCUCUGGCAGACGAAGUCUGGGUAUCAGUCCUAGUUAUCCUGCUAUUGGUACCUCCCUGCUUGUUUUUGAUCUCUCGCUCAGAAAAGGGAGGAAUAUCAAAGAACAAACUAACCAUAGCAGACUCGGCUGAAGUAGUUCUUGUGGCGCUGCUUGGUCAGGGUACCAAGAAGCAACUACCUGAGAGUAGUUCAAGUCGCUUGUUGCUGGUGACUUGGCUGGCGUUUGCCUUCAUCGUGAGCAACGUCUACAGAGGCAACCUGACAGCCGCUCUCACUCUGCCCAAGUACCCACCCAGACCAGAGACACUGGAGCAGCUCGUCAAAGUUGUUGACAAGGUAACGAUGCCUGAUUACGGGGAGAAGUUUCAUCAGUUCUUCAAACAGUCAGAUUCCGUAGUGUAUCAGACACUCUCUAACAUAAUGGAAAUCGUCCCUUCCGCAGAGUAUGGACUACGCCAAGCAGCAGAACAUAAACAAGCGUAUAUGGACGGGUACAACUACCUGCAGCAAAUGAUCGCUGACUACUACACAAUGGUGGACGGCACCACUAAGCUUUACAUCGGCAGGGAGAACAUAAUUCCUGGGCCGGGAGCCUGGCCCAUUCCUCACGACGCUCCUUACAAACCACAGCUUGACAAAUUAAUCAUGUAUAUUAUCGAGGCUGGAUUAUAUGAAAAAUGGAUUAAGGACAUAAUUUUGAGAGCUAAGGCAGAAAGCCGCAGGAGACAGCAUAAGGAACAAGUGACAGGACUGGUAGUGGCUGCCCAGAGUGAACCUGACACCAGUGGGAACCAGGCUCUUACACUCCUCCACAUGCAAGGUCCCUUAAUGAUAGUCGCCAUGGGCCUAUCUUCGUCUAUAAUUGUGUUUAUUGCAGAGUUAUUGUUAAAAUUAUGCAUGAAAGAAACUCCUUAUUAA